CAUGCCCCGGCCAUGAAGGGCUACCAGGUGAGUCGCAGUCUGUCGCAGCACUCCUCUGGGCCUUGCUACUGCAUGCCUGAGGACUGCGACACUGCGCGGGACUACAUGCACCACCCUGACCACUACCAGGGGCACAAUGACCACCCCUACUACCCGCCUGGUGGUCCACCUGAACCGUCGGCCAUGGUCCCAUCUGGUGGAGGCACCUUCCCUCGUUCACACCCCAGUCAGCCACAGCCCUACGACUCGACGUGUGAAGAGUGUAUAACCUCGGCAGGGCAUGGCCAUGGUCAUGGGGGAAAGAUGCACCGUAUCCCACCAAACCUUCUGGAUCAGUUCGAGAAACAGUUGCCCUUCCACCCAGACGGCUUCCACACCCUGCAGUACCAACGCACGGCCAGUGGGGAACAACGCAGCGAGAGUCCGAGUCGCAUACGGCAUCUGGUAAACUCGGUUCAGCGUCUCUUUGCCAAGUCACAUUCACUGGAGACGCCCUCUAAACGAGAGUUUAAUGGCACUCGUGGGGGAGAGUACCGGGACAGAGAUAGGGGGCACCGCAGCGGUGGCGAGGAAAGCGGUGGACAUCAUUAUUCGGGAACGCACCAGUCUCGCUCAGCCCGUCGGAACAAGAGUCGAGAACGAAGUAAGAGUGGAGACUCCCGCCAUGAGUCUCGAAGCUCCCGCCACCGCAGCAAAACAGCUGGAUGGUGGAGCUCCGAUGACAACCUGGACAGUGACAGCAGCUUUCUGGUGGGUGCGGGCAGGGGGGGACGCGGGUAUCCCACCGGACACGAGACCCUGGAUGCUGCCAUCCAGGAGCUUACCUUGAGGAAAUCUAAGGGUCCACCUCCAGGAGAGUGCCUGGCUUGCAACAACAUAGCCAUGGCAGGGGACAGCGGACACUCUCUGAAGAGGAGCACAUGGUCGGCCUUGACGGUCAAUCAGGCUAGAGAAGUAUAUCCAUCUUCGCGUGGAGGUGGAGGAGGAUAUGAGAAGGCAUUGGUUCCUCUAGAUCCCAAAAUGAAGGAACGAUCACUCCACUAUCUGCAGGUUCCCUCAGAUGAUUGGUGCGGUGGCGGUCCAUCUGACAGUGGUGGUGAGAUCCCUUGUCGACGUAUGCGCAGUGGCAGCUACAUAAAGGCCAUGGGGGACGAUGACAGUGCUGACUCAGACCCCAGCCCCAAAGCCUCACCCAAAUCAGCCCUCAUUGCCCAGAGAGAAGCCUUCCGCCGCUCCGUCAGCAUGGACCAGCGCUCCUCCACCACAUCCAAGUCAGUUGUCACUUGGUUUUUGCUGGGUGACACUCUGAACCUGUUUGGAGAAAUGGAAUCACAGGCUGUCCAGGCACUGGACCUACCAGGAUGCUUCCGCACCCGCAGUCACAGCUACGUACGGGCUAUCCAAGCCGGCUGCUCCCAGGACGAUGACUGCCUGUCUGUCUUCUCCAUGUCUGGCCCACAGGGGAGCGUGAAGGGCGAAGCAGUGUUCCCAUACAGGAAAGGACCCCCUCCUCUUCCCCCUCGCAUGUCCAAGCCAAUGAUCUCAGUGACCGCUCAGAGCAGCACUGAAUCCACUCAGGACGCUUACUUCCAGAGUACUGGACAGCCCGCUCUGGUCAGGCCCAGACAGCAUAGCAAUUCAGUGGACCUGACGGAGAGCAGCGGGGGCCGUAGCUCCAGAGGUGGGCACUAUCUUGGCGGGGGCACGGCGCGUGUCAGACAGAGCAGCAACUCCGCGGAGAGUCUGAACUGCAGGGCCCUUCACAGCAUCGCCUACCCUGGUGGACCUGUUCCAAUGAAACCGAAACACAGCAGCUCAGCCGAUAACCUGCUGGAGGGGCCCAGGGGAUCUAGGGAGCGGGCUGGAGGCAGCCUGGGAAAAUCAGCCUCUCUGCCCCAGAACAGUAUGUCCCUAGCUAAAGCUCUAACUGGAGGAGAACAUGAAGGACGA